AUGUGGAACCAAAGGCCGAGUUUUAGGUUUGAGAUAGAUAACUUCUCGGAGAAGAAAGCUCUCAUAUCGUCGAAGACAUUCGUGAGCGGCGGAUGCGAAUGGUAUUUCCAAAUUAAUCCCAAGGGACAUCGUAUUUCUGAUGGUCACUUGCCUUUGUACCUUUACGUUGCAAAUUCUACAACGUUGCGAACUGGAUGGAAAAGGAAUGCUAACUAUUACUUUGUUUUGUUGAAUCAAUCCGACAAAGAACUCCACAGAUCACCAAUUUCACUAUCAAGCAACUUGUUUUGCGCUAAGACCCCAGCAUGGGGUUUCGCGAAGACCAUACCUGUAAGCAAAUUUCAAGAGAAAGGGGUUUUGGAGAAGGACAGACUCAUCAUUGAAUUCCACAUUAAAGUUAUUGAAGCUUUUGAUGGAGAAGGUGGAGAUGUAACCAACAACAAGAAGAAGACUAUUGACAUCAACGGUUUUCAAGUUUUUGCUUCUCAGGUAAGUUAA